AUGAAUCGUGAAUUUGCGACGCUUGUAGCGGCCACGACGUCUGGUAAAAGCAGUACCUUUAACGAUCAUGAGAAAGAAGAAAACAAGCGCUUUUCAACCAUGUCUUUUGUAUCGCCAGUAUCCAUUUGUACAAGUGACAAGAACGUGGCAACAAAACUCUCUCUAAGUGGUCACUCGACCCGAAAACUAAAGACUCAAUUGCAAACGACCCAAUUUCAGUAUACAAAACAAAAGAUUAAAAGAGUGAAGGUCCCCGACGGUUCCAAAACUCGCGACCCGACGCGGAAAUUGGAGUUUCGUACACCACUUAAAACAAGAACCUGCAGUUCAGCAUCUGAGUCUGAUUCCGAGUCAGAGGACUCAGACUCCUCUGAUUCGGACACGGCAAAAGAAGAAGAACCCAUUUCAAGUCCUGCUCCUUUUUCUCGUGGCUUUCAACGUCAUUUUACCGUCUCUUCUACUGUCUCCUCGGUCGCAAUCGCUCCCAAUGGUCAUUUUCUUGUUGUGGGAUUUUAUAAUGGAAUGGUUUGUCUCUACCCUUUACUACAAGAACAACAACGGACAUUUGAACGUGGCAUUCUAUUGGAUCAGAUUACACCUCGUGGAAUGUAUACUCAAUUAAUGGUCACUGUCUCAAUUCCACAAGAUGGAAAAUUUAUUUUUGCUGGAGUUUAUCGUGGUUCUACUGAGAUUCGAGCUUUUGAAAUGGAUACUAUUGUAUUACCUUCUCUAGCGAAGUCAAGUCAAAAAUCUGCUUGUUUAUCAGUAAUAACAAGAGCUGAUUCUGAUGAUUUGAAAGAAAAAGAUGAAGAAAAUGGUCGAGUGUUUGGAUUACCAAGUGCUCAAGUUGUUUCGCAUACUUAUUCAGAUGCAAAAUUGAAAGGAUUUGCUGCCGCAAAGAGUUUAUCUCUGCAACAAAACAAUAGAACGGAAUACCGUUUAUUGUGUGGCAUUGGCAUUAAAAACGUCCACAUGUGGCGAUUUUAUCAGAAAAAAACAGACAAUGCAAAUUUGGAAUGGACCUGGGAGUGUGUCUUUGAUAAACAGACAAACGGUAUUUCAUUGGAGUUUAUUUCGUUCCAUCCGACAAAUGGUGACCAGUUUAUUUCCAAGUCGGAGCACCAAAAUGUACGGAUCUGGCAUUUGGAAGAAGAUUAUGAUGAUGAAAGUGAUUCGGUGACGAUUUGCAAGAAAUCACAUACAGAUGUGAAGCAAACAAUUGAUGCUGUUGCUGUAUAUGGAGAUUACGCCUAUGGUGGAAGCGAAUCCCUUGCUGUUAUUGACCUUGAAGCGGCUACCCGCAUGGAUUUGGAUCUACCGCUGUCUGCAAAGGAACAACAUGCUCAACGUGAAGCUGCUAUCAACUCUAGAACUGCCAAUCCAUUGCGUGCAUGGAACCCCCGCGGAAGUCGUCGACGAGGUGCCGAGGAUACGAUUGGACAACGUCACAUGCGAACUGUGAGCAAAAUUGCAGGACAGGAUGCGUCGCCGUUUACGGUCGGCAUGUGCAGCGACGGUAGUGUGUUUUUUCACCAGCCGAAAAAAGAGAUUGGGAUCGCGACACCUCUUGACUACAUCGAAGGGUACGAAGAGUUUUUCGUGGACCCGUCCCUGGACUUUCAAGCGCAAUUUUCGGAUCUUACUCGAGUCAACACGAGUGGACUUCUUGCGAUCCUUCCUCUUCCCGGUACAGAGAAAGAAGAGUGGAUGGUUGUGGCCGCGAAUCAAGACCAGCUUCUUGUGCAGAGCCUGGAGGCCUUCUUGCAUCGCGACCAGCAGAAGGAGGAAUACUCACAGGUGAAGAGCGAUUUAAGAAGCGUCAUGCGAGAUCUUGGUGGAGCAGAAAGUAGCACAGACGAGACCAGCAGUGACUCUGACGAUUACAACGAGAGUGUUACGACGAAGAAACAUCAGCGCCAGGAAAUGCAGGACAAGACGAUACUCAAGCGCAGUCGCCAAGAAAAUGCGUUGAAAUCUCAGGAAAGAGGGAGCAACAAAAAGCGAAGUCGGCAAGAUAGUGGGGUGAAGACAUCCGGUGUGUCAGGAGAGAAAAGGAAGCCGUUAUCGUCUAGCAAAAGUGAGUCACAGAAGAAGUCUGUUAAACCGAAGCCGAUUAGCAUGGUUGAUGACCAGGAAGAGGAUAGCGACAGCAUGGCAGCGGUAACCACUCCCAAGGGCACCACGAAUCGUAGUGACGGCAAGUUGUCGACAAGCACAGCAUCUCCGGUUGUUUCGAUUUCAUCAUGGUCGGGUUCUUCAAACCCAAACACUCCGGAGCAGCUCAGACUAUCAAGAGUGGAGAAACAACUCAUAGCUCUCAGGGAACUGGAAUGGACUCCGCCUCAUGCUGCAGCUGCGAAGCCACGGCUGGACAACCAACAAAAGAUUAUGGAUUCCGCUGCAAAUGUGGCGGCACUCUUGGCUCAGCUGAACUCGAGCAGUAACCAAGCGCAGGUCGAGACGAGGACUAUAUCAAGUGAAAAGAAGACGGCCCGUCGAAUGAAAGCACAAGCUUUGUUCACAGAUAACAAAAACAAUGAAGACCGUACUAAGGAGAAGAACUGGGAGGUGGCCCAGACGAAAAUCACGAAGAAGGCUGAGACGGUGUCUUUCGUGUCGAAGGAAACCGCGAUUGCUACGAUCUCCAGCAAGCACGGCUCCCGUGCAGGAUCCAACAAGUUUUCCCGUGUACAAGCGGAAACGCAAGAUGCCGUGCCUGGUGAGCCAAAAAAACCAAUAGAAGCAGACAAGCUCAUGGGACUGGAGCAGCCUGUCGAGGAUGCAGACGUUGAUCUGGAAGUGGAACUGGAGCAACUCGAGCAGUACGAGCCUGAGUUCGAGUCCGUGCCUUUGAUAAGUGACAAGGGCUCACUUUUGGCUGCAACCAUGUACCAAUACGCUGAUCCAGCUUCAAAGUCGAAUAUUGACAUCAAGAUGGCUAAUGGAGACGACGAUGUCGAGGCUGACUAUGCAGCCGCAAUUACCGAGCAGACCAACUUGCUGUUGCAGUUUUCACACGAGAAUGAGCGGCUCAAGAUGAAUUUUCUGGCUGAGCGCGAACGCAUCUACAAACAUCCAGACUGCAGCUGUGCCUGGCAUAUUAGCUCAAAAAAAUCAUCGUCAGCUUCGAGCAGCGGUAUCAAUUGGCGUCGGAACGUGGCGCACGACUACCUGAAGCGAAAACAGUUGAAGCGACGUCACAAGAAGCAGCUCGCGGCAAAGUUGCAUCAGCUGCACGCGAGCUAUGCCGUGCAAAUACAGGAGUUGUAUGCAAUGCAGCAAUUGCAGGCCAAGGCUUUCCGUGCACGACAGCAAUUCCAGCAUCUUCACAAGCAGUUUUGUCGUCAAGCCAGCACAUCCAACAGCAUCUCUUCAUCAUCGUCGACAGUGGAAACAUCUCGGAUCAAACACUUGAUCAUGCCUGAUCAUCUCUCUGGAGCCAGCUUUCCAUACCCGGAUUUGCUAUCCUGA